GGGAAGCCGGCGAAAGAGGCAGUCCGGCGUACGGGUGUCUCUCCCAGAUUGAGGCCGAGAGGGGGGUGCGCGCCUGCGCACAGCCGGAGCGCCGCUGAAUUGGCGGCGGCAGCGGCGGCGGCAAUAAUAGCAGGAAGCCGCUCACCAUCAUCGUUUGGGGGGCCGCAAGCCUUGGUCGUAGACGAGCCGCCUCUGCUCCCUUCUUAGAUCCCGGGGAAGCGGUAGCGGGGCAGCCAUGUCUUUGAACCAGUACGAGAGACAUUACGACUCCAUCAACUCCGACUUCGGGAGCGACUCGUCCAGCAGGAACAGUCCCCGUCCUGGCCCGGGCUUGGGGGGCGAGCAGGAGGAAUUGCAUUAUGCUCCUAUACGGGUUCUGGGUCGGGGAGCCUUCGGCGAGGCCACCCUGUAUCGCCGGACUGAGGACGAUUCACUUGUAGUGUGGAAGGAAGUGGAUCUUACCAGACUGUCAGAAAAAGAGCGUCGUGAUGCUUUGAAUGAGAUCGUUAUUCUUGCUCUGUUGCAGCAUGAUAAUAUCAUUGCUUAUUACAAUCAUUUCAUGGAUAACACCACUUUGCUGAUUGAGCUGGAGUACUGUAAUGGGGGAAACCUUUAUGAUAAGAUCCUGCGACAAAAAGACACAUUGUUUGAAGAAGAGAUGGUGGUGUGGUACCUAUUUCAGAUUGCAUCAGCAGUGAGCUGUAUCCACAGAGAAGGAAUCCUUCACAGAGAUAUAAAGACCUUGAAUAUCUUCCUCACCAAAGCAAACCUCAUAAAACUGGGAGAUUAUGGUCUAGCAAAAAAAUUGAACUCUGAGUAUUCCAUGGCUGAAACUUUGGUAGGAACUCCGUACUACAUGUCUCCAGAGCUCUGCCAGGGAGUAAAAUAUAACUUCAAGUCUGACAUCUGGGCAGUUGGCUGUGUUGCUUUUGAGCUCCUUACACUGAAGAGAACUUUUGAUGCAACGAAUCCCUUGAACCUCUGUGUGAAGAUUGUGCAAGGAAACAGGGCAAUGGAGGUUGAUUCCAGCAUGUACUCUGUGGAUCUCAUCCAAAUGGUGCACUCCUGCCUUCAUCAGGAUCCUGAGAAGAGGCCUACUGCUGAUGAGAUACUUGAGAGUCCAUUUAUCAAGAAGCGCAGGAGGGACAUGGAGGAAAAGGUUGUGCUGCUUAAUGGCCCAAACAAACGACCAAGAACAAGUACCAUGAAUGAAGCACCGAUUGCAGUGGUGACUUCACGCACUAGUGAAGUAUAUGUAUGGGGGGGUGGAAAGUCCACUCCUCAGAAGCUGGAUGUUAUUAAAAAUGGCUGCAGUGCACGACAGGUCUGUGCAGGAAACACCCACUUUGCAGUGGUAACAGUGGAGAAAGAGCUCUAUACUUGGGUGAACAUGCAGGGAGGCACUAAACUGCAUGGCCAACUGGGGCAUGGAGACAAAGCUUCCUAUCGGCAGCCUAAGCACGUGGAAAAAUUGCAGGGCAAAGCUAUCCGUCAAGUAUCUUGUGGUGAUGACUUUACAGUCUGCAUUACAGAUGAAGGUCAAGCCUUUGCCUUUGGCUCAGAUUACUAUGGCUGCAUUGGUGUUGACAAGGCUUUUGGCUCUGAGGUGCUAGAGCCCCAGCAGCUCAACUUUUUCCUCAGCAAUCCAGUGGAACAGGUUUCCUGUGGAGAUAAUCAUGUGGCAGUGCUGACACGAAAUCAUGAGGUCUACACAUGGGGCUGUGGAGAAUAUGGCCGCUUGGGUUUGGAUUCAGAAGAGGAUCACUCCAUCCCACAAAAGGUAGAAAUUCAAAAGACUUCCAAUAUUGUCUCAGUCCAGUGUGGCAGCGAUGGAACCUUUCUGCUCACACAGACUGGCAAGGUGUUGGCCUGUGGUCUGAAUGAAUUCAACAAGCUAGGCCUGAACCAGUGCACUUCAGGGAUCAUUAAUCAUGAUGCUUACCAAGAAAUCCCAUAUACUGCUACUUUCACUUUGGCCAAGAAACUCUCCUUCUACAAGAUUCGCACUAUUGCCCCAGGAAAGACACACACUGCUGCCAUUGACGAGCGAGGUCGUCUGCUUACCUUUGGCUCCAAUAAGUGUGGACAGUUGGGUGUUGGGGACUAUAAGAAGCACCUGGGCAUUAAUCUGCUAGGAGGGCCUCUUGGGGGAAAACAGGUCAUCAGAGUUUCCUGCGGUGAUGAGUUCACCAUAGCUGCUACUGAUGAUAACCAUAUAUUUGCAUGGGGUAAUGGAGGGAAUGGCCGUUUAGCAAUGACACCAACAGAGAGAGCUCACAGUUCUGAUAUUUGUACAUCAUGGCCUCGCCCCAUUUUUGGCUCCCUGCAUUAUGUCCCAGACUUAUCUUGCCGUGGAUGGCAUACUAUAAUAAUUGUUGAAAAAGUUAUAAAUUCUAAAACCAUCCUUCGCUCCAGUAGCAGUGGCCUGUCCAUUGGGGCUGUGGCCCAGGGCUCUACAGCUGAACCAAGUGAGGAAGAAGAAACUGAGCAGGAUUCUGAGAGCCCUGAUAACAGCAGAGGCUUCCGGAGAACCAUGGAAGCAGAUUGUAGAAUGGGGGAUCAGAUCAGCACAACAGAAGUAGCUGCAGAUAGCAGUGCCGCUAGCAGCUCCUGUCCUAGUUGGCUGCGCAAGGAGCUGGAGAAUGCAGAGUUCAUCCCAAUGCCCAAAACCCCUUCUCUUGGAAGCUUAGCCUCUUCUGGAUCUGACAAAGAAACUUUUCCCUACAAUGAACUGAAAGGACUCCAUAUGCCUUCGCCCACACCAGUUGACGUUAACGAAUCCAAGUCAGGGUCUUGGCAGCUAGUCUUGGAUUCAGUAGAAUCCUGUAAUAGAGAGAAAUUGCCUGUGGAACCAUCUGCAUGUAAAUGCAGUUUCCUGCAGGCUGAAGUGGAGCGUCUGAGUAGUUUAAUAUCAAAGUGCUUGGCAGAUCAGGAAAAAUUACAGCAAGAAACUACCCGUCUUAAUGCCCAGUUGCAAGUUCUCUCUAAGAGAGAAGGAACACACCAGCUGGAAUCUCAUUCCAAAGCUACACAAACAUCCAAAGAAGAGAUGGAACCAGAUCCAAAGCCUGACUUGGAUUCUGACUCCUGGUGUCUCCUUGGAACUGACUCAUGCCGCUUUAGCCUGUAGUCUUUCAUAUCUGCUGGAGCCUAUCCAAUUUCACACAGCAUUAACCAAAUGCAGAGAACAGCUUUCCUAGAUUCAGGUCCUUUGUGAACAAGGAAGUCAGAAUCUCCAUAGCCUCCAUGUAUGCAAGUAUUCCUGUACUGCCUUAAGCUAUGAAACUAAGAGGGAAUUUAGAGAGAGACAGAGCCCUAAAUUCAAACCAGUGUCUGUGCAGAUACAACAGUGGUGAGUUCUCUCAGUGUACUGUUGAGUCAGGUAACACCACCAUAGGAAUGUUUCCAGCAGCAGCACUUCCUUCAUUUAUUUUCCAACUUUCAAAGAACAGCAUUGCAUCUGCAACAGUGUUCAUGUCAUCUUCAGGCAAUUCAAAGACAAAAAAUUAUUGAAAGAAAACAAGCAAACACCAACAUUGACAGUCAAAUUGAAAUGCUCUGAGUUACUUUUAGCUUAUAAAGUUAAAGGAGAAGCAUCUCAGCUUCUAAGAAAGAAGUUUGAAGAAGGGGAAAUGCAGAAAACAAAGUUUCUGAAAGUGGAUGAAAGGAUCCCAAACAGGAAAAAAAAGUUUCUAUUUAGAUUCAUUUCUAGUCAUAUAUUCUUCAGCCUGCAGAUAACUUAUUUAUAAUUUUAGGGAUGUUGGGGAAGGACAUCAAGCACCCUUUUCUUUUCAUUCCCACCAGGCACUGUUCAAAUGCAAAAGAACUGGCUGAACUCUUUCAGCUACUCCAAAUCUCUAGCUGUAGAAUUCAGUUACUGCUUUUGAAGUCAUACAAGUAGUGAUUGGAAUUUGAAAUCAGAAACGCAUUUAUGACUUGACUCCUCUUACUCAGUUAUUGGCCCAAAUUCCAAUAAGAGCUGUGGAAAACCUCUUUCUUUAUCCCCUAAAUCAAUGUUUUUGCUUUCUUUCAAUACUUCAUGAAACUGGACUUAAUAUUGGUUUUAACGAAGUACGUGCAUCAAAUAUAAUUGCUGCAAUCAAUUACCAUACAUCACUUCAGAACUUCUACUGUAGUAUUAAUCCUAAACUGUGUAUGAAAGAAUUUUGGAGGUAUGAUGCUCUAUUUUUCACAUUUAAAAAUGAAAUUGAUAGUUUUGCUAAUUGGAUUACCUCACUAUCCUACACCUUUGGCAUAGAUAAAAUUUCUUAAGAAUUAUUUCUGCAUUUCUCUUUAUAGUAGAUUGGAAUUUUAUUACAGCUUAACCCUAACUUUUAGAAAAAUUGCUCUGUAUGCUUGUGUCUAUUAUUUUAUUUGGUAGACCUUGAUUUUAAUUUCAACCUCUCAUAUAUCUAUCUCUGACAUCCCUUAUGCAUUCUACAAUUUUAUCAGGCUGAGAAAAGAAGAAGGGGGAGAAUGUUAAACCAAAUAUUUGGUCUGUUAAAAUGUUUAAUAGAUCAUUGUGCCAUUUGGUUGAUUUCCUGCCCUCCAAAAAUUACUGAAGUUUGCUUUCCCCCAUACAAAAAUACUGUUUCAUCAACAGAGGUGGUCUUGUUAUAAAGAACCACUAUGAUGGGGCCACAUCCAGUAAGAAAUCAUGGAGCCGAUAAGAAUUGCUAUUUUGCAGCGCACUGUUUUUAUUCCUCCGUGCUCUACAGUUGAAUGAAGUACUGAUCACUAUACUGAGUGGUGAUCACUCAGCAAUACAUGUGCCUUUAAAGAUAACACUGUCCAAGCUGUGCCUGUUACAGACCUUGAUAUAUGCCCCAGCCCUGCUAUGCAACCAAAGCACAGAUUUUGUCCCACCUAAAGAAUGAAGGGAAAAGGCCGGAGUGCCUUUGAGAAGUCCAUUUCCCUUCUCCCUUUUUCAGCAGUGCUAGCGCUGUAGAUGACAGUCACAUGCUAGCAUUGCUGUUGAUCUAUUAUCGUGAGAUACAACAUAUGAAAACUAGUUUGUCAUUAUCUAUCUUUCUAAGAUUCAGUAGUGGAAUGGUUUGAUGUUUUCUGUUUAAAUAAACUUUGACACUCA